AUGGUGGCCGAAGACGUGGUCGAUAGGAUACGAGCAUACUCGGAAUCAUGUCGAGAAGCCGAGAAAGAGCGUGAUAGCGUGGCGUUGACCGCUGCAAACUAUGAAGAAUACAAUCGACAGAUAGACAAGACGCUGCGCGGUCUGCGCGAGCAGGUCCAGCGACAGGAAUCUGCGCUUCGAGAGCUUCGUGCCUCUACUCAUCCUCUAGAGCUCCCACGCCCGGACCUACAGCCCCAUGAACGGCUGGCACAGACUCGCAGGGCUAUACAGGCAUACAAGUCUCUACUCUCCGAUGUCACACCACAGCUGCCGGCUCCAGAUUCGCCACUGAACGGCCUUUUAGCUAUACGGGAAGCUCAACGGCUCGUGCGAGAGCUUAAGUCCACCAUACCUUCCACUGCAGAACAGCUUGUUCGUGAUCGUGAGAGACUAAAGGUCGAAGAAGCUAAUCUACGGGACGCAAAUUCGAUAACGACUGAAUUACAACGAAGAAUCAAAGAGAUACGUCAACAAAGGCGAACUGAGGACGAUCCUGGGAGCAAGAAAUCAAAGCAAGGUUCGGAUCGAUUUGCUAAAGAGCUAAUUAAAGAGCAGCGGAGAAAGGGUGUUGAGAUAGAGGAGGAAACAGCCAAAUUGAAAGAUGCGUUAAAGGAGUUUGUCGAUGAGUAUCUUGCGCCCAUGCUUGCUGCCGAGGAUAUGGGUGGGCCGGUUGUGGGUGACCAGGUCGAGGUGCCGGAUUCAACGCUUGAAGCCGGAUAUACUGCGAGAGGUAAAGAGAGGAAGGCUUCUAAAGCUGGCAACGGACAGAGUGGUGGGGCCAAGAAGCAGCAGCAACGCAUAGAUGAGUUACUUCAACGUGGUAGGAGUAGGGCUCAAGGACGGGACGGUGGUGAAGAUGAGGAAGAUAAUAACAGGGAUGAUACGAGAAUCACUAAUCCAAGGGAAGCUGCUGCGGAAGAAAUGCACUCCCUUCUUGAAUCGCUACUAGAUAUCGCAGCUACGUCGUCAUACAUCGAGCUAGACCAGGACUCAGCCGCUUCGAGAUUCCUAGUCAAGGCGAAGAUUGCGCAGUUUCAUCCGCGAAAUUCACAGAAACUUCGAUUGAUCGACGUUGCAAGAGAAAUAGCCGACUAG